AUGUUAGCAAGAAAUAAUAUUAUUUUAAAACAUUUUAAUAAUUUUUUAAAUUAUAGUAAUAAACAAAAUAUAAAUAUUAUUUAUAACAAUAACAAUAACUUUAACUUUAACAAUAAACCUAGAAUGCAUUUUUCAACAUUACUUAAUAAUAAUAAUAAAAAUAAUAAUAAUAAAAAGAAUGAAGAUGAAAUUAAUAAAUUUUUUAAAGAUUAUAUUUAUAAGUCUUCAAAUUACAGUUUAGAACAAAAAAAGAAAUUAAUUGAAUCAUUUGUAUUAGAUUCACAACUAAGUGAUAAUAAAAUUUCAAAAGAAGAGAUUAGAAAUAUUAAUAUUUCGCCAAUUUCAUCAGAUAUAUUAGAAAGCUUUAUUAAAAUUAGAGAUGAUUUAGAGAAAUAUAAUUGUCAACCUACAACUACUUCUACUACUAAUACUACAACCAAUACAAAUAGAUUAGGUGAACAAUUAUAUUCAUUCGAUACAUUAUUAGGUGAAUUAAUUAAAGAGAAUUUAAAAAGUCAUCAUAGAUUAUAUUGUAAACCAUUAGAUAUAGAAAAGAUGGAACCAAAAAUUUGGAGACAAAUAGUUGAUAAUGAAGCAGUACAUCCAUAUGAAAAUCCUUUGAAUCCAAUAGAUGAAAUUAAACAAAGAACUGGUAAAAAUAGAACAUGUUUAGUUUUAUUUCAUCCACUUUUACCAAACAUGCCUUUAAUGUCUUUAUAUAUUGCUUUUACAAAUGGUAUACCAAAUAAUAUGCAAAUUAUUGAAAAUAAUAAUAAUGAUAAUAGUUCAUCAACAUCAUCAUCAGCAUCAUCAUCAUCAUCAUUAAAUAUUGAUUCAGCAAUAUUCUAUUCAAUUUCAUCACUUCAUAAAGGAUUAGGUGGUGUUAAUUUAGGUCAUAUAUUAAUUACAAAAGCUGUUGAAUAUAUUCGAUUGGAUAAACCUGAAAUUAAGAAUUUUUGUACUCUUUCACCAUUACCACGUUUUAAAAAAUAUUUAUCAAAAAAUCAUCCAAAAUUCGUUGAACAUAUUAAAGAUAGAGCAUCUUUAGAAGAAGUUAAACCACAAUUACAAUCUUUAGCAUUAAAUUAUAUUUUUAAAGAGAAAAGUAAACCGAAUAGAGUGUUUGACCCAGUUUGUAAUUUUCAUUUAAAGAAUGGUGCUUCAAUUUAUAGAUUAAAUUGGGAUGCUGAUGAAUCAGAGAAAAGAAUUGAUGAAAGUUAUGGUAUAAUGAUAAAUUAUUUAUAUGAAAUUGAUAAAUUAGAUUCAAAUUCCAAGAAUUAUAUUGAAAAAGGUAUUGUUUCAACAAAUCAAAUAUUUGAUAACCAAUAUAAAAACAAUAGGUUUCUUUAA